AAAAAAUAAAGUCUGGCUUCGACUUCUCUUCUUCUUUUCUUAUUUCGCUCUUUCCUCUGUCAGUUCUGUGAAGCUUUUUGUUUCCUUGAUUGAUUCUUUGGUUCGUUUGUUUUGCAUUUGUUUCUCUUUGUUGCUUGUUUUCGGUGAGAUGAUGUCGAACUGGAGAAAGGAGAAAUGAGAGAAGUAGGGAAUUAUGCGAACACUCUGCGACGUCUGUGAGAGCGCUGCCGCUAUCCUUUUCUGUGCAGCUGAUGAGGCCGCUCUCUGCCGCUCCUGUGACGAAAAGGUUCACAUGUGCAACAAGCUUGCUAGCCGGCAUGUACGGGUUGGGCUUGCUAACCCCAGUGAUGUUCCUCGCUGUGACAUAUGUGAAAAUGCACCUGCAUUCUUUUACUGUGAGAUAGAUGGAAGUUCCCUUUGUUUGCAAUGUGACAUGAUUGUACAUGUUGGAGGUAAAAGAACUCAUGGAAGAUAUCUCCUUUUGAGGCAGAGAGUUGAGUUUCCAGGUGAUAAGCCUGGCAAUUUAGAGGACCUGGCCUUGCAAAACACAGAUCCGGGUGAGACUAGGAGGGAGCAAAAUUCACUACCUAAGCUGACAGCAAGAGAGAGUCAGCAAAACCACAGGGUCUCAACAGUUCAAGUUCUAGAUGCUAACAAUGAUAACCAUGGGAAGAAGGAUACUAAAAUGAUUGAUCUCAAUGCCAGGCCACAGAGGGUACAUGGGCAAGCUUCAAAUAACCAGGCACCAGGGAUGGAUGUUUUAAGUGGUAGUAAUCAUGAAGCAGCACAUAUUGUUCCUAUUGGAGCAUUCAAAAAAGAACCUGAAAAGUGACCAAGGUAUCUCCUGCACAUCUCUCCAGUGGUAGUAUGCAAAUGUUGUCUUUUUCAUUUCUCUGUUGUUUUAAAGGUGAACUUGGGUCUUUGAAGUUUUGGGGAAUUACAAAUUUUUAGACUUGAGUUGUUUGACUGAUUGUUGGAGAACUCUUGUAAGUGUUGCCAAUGCAUGGGAUUUGUUAUACAACAUUUGCUGAAAGUUUUGGGCGUGCUUCAAUAUGUAUACUCAGAUCUUUCCUUGAAUAGUGACAAGAUCAUAAGAACUUCACUCUGGUUUUCCUUGAAAUAUUUGGAGGUGCUCGAUAUUACUUGAAGCACUUUACUCUGAUGUUCCUCACAUAUAGAUGAGCUCUUGCUGCAAUUAAAAUGUUUGGAGUGUUGUGGUUCGGAAUUUUCAUUGAGAACCUGCAACAAUUGCUUGUAAGAGUAAAUAAUGGGUAAUUUUUUUA